ACCAUGGUAACGGGGCGGGGCGGGACGAGGGAAGGGGUGUGGUCUCCACCAUCACUGCCGGUGUAACAGGGGGAGAGGAGCGGGAGUAUAUACCGACAGGAGGGAACGUGGAGGCUGCGGGACUGUGGACAUACCGGCCCCAGGCCCUCUCUCCUGUGGCUGAACGCAGCCUCUCUUACAUUCCUUGGAUAUUAACUUCUGCUUUGUGGAGCCAUUAACAACAUCAACAAAAUGGCUUCUGGAAUGGGACCCUCCUCCCCAGGUAGUGACGGUGAAAUCGAAGUCAUGCUUAAUAGCCACCACCAAGAUGAUGAUGACUUGGAUGAAGACCUCUCUGAGGUGGAAACUCCUAAAGUAAAGAAGAAAAAGAAGCCUAAAAAGCCACGGGAAUCCAAGACACCCAAAGGGAAGCGACAGAAGAAGGACCUGCUGGAUGACAGCUCUGGUGAAGGCAACGAUUUUGGAGAGGAUGAUGGAGGCCUUGCCCGAUCUGACAGCGAAGGCAGUGAUUACACCCCCGGGAAGAAAAAGAAGAAAAAGCUGGCACAGAAAAAGGAGAAAAAAACAAAGGUGAAGCGUGACGAGGAUGAAGAUGAUGACGACGACUCUAAGGAACCAAAGUCUUCAGGGCAGCUUUUGGAGGACUGGGGUAUGGAGGACAUUGAUCAUGUGUUCACAGAAGACGAUUACAGAACACUGACAAACUAUAAAGCCUUCAGUCAGUUUGUCAGGCCACUUAUAGCAGCAAAGAAUCCUAAAAUUGCGGUGUCCAAGAUGAUGAUGGUACUUGGAGCAAAGUGGAGAGAGUUUAGUACCAACAAUCCAUUGAAGGGCAUCUCCGGCGCAUCUGUAGCUGCUGCGGCUGCCGCCGCCGUGGCUGUGGUUGAAAGCAUGGUAGCUUCCACAGAGCCUGUUGCGCUGCCGCCACCACCACCCCCGCCUGUUGAGGUUCCCCUGCGCAAAGCAAAAACUAAGGAAGGAAAAGGACCCAAUGCCAGAAAGAAACCAAAGAUUGUCCGUCCCCCAGAAAAUAAGAAAACCAAAGCCAAGAAAGUGGCCCCUCUGAAGAUCAAGUUAGGGGGUUUUGGUUCCAAACGCAAGCGCUCCUCUAGUGAGGAGGAGGACCUUGAUGCGGACUCAGACUAUGAUGAAGGCAGCAUGAAUAGCUUGUCCGUUUCUGACGGAUCAACAAGCAAGAGCAGCCGAAGUCGUAAGAAACUUAAAGCCAACAAAAAGAAAAAGAAGGACGGUGAUACAGCAGGUGGCGUUGAUGGUUAUGAGACGGACCACCAGGACUACUGUGAAGUUUGCCAGCAAGGAGGGGAGAUCAUCUUAUGUGACACAUGUCCACGUGCAUACCACAUGGUUUGCUUGGACCCAGACAUGGACAAAGCACCUGAGGGCAAAUGGAGCUGUCCUCACUGUGAAAAGGAAGGGGUACAAUGGGAAGCUAAAGAAGACAAUUCAGAGCUAGACGAGGACUUGGACGAGACUGUAGGUGAUCCAGAGGAAGAAGAUCAUCACAUGGAAUUCUGUCGUGUCUGUAAGGAUGGAGGAGAGCUACUUUGUUGUGAUGCCUGUCCAUCUUCCUACCAUAUUCACUGUCUAAACCCACCAUUACCCGAAAUACCCAAUGGAGAGUGGUUAUGUCCUAGAUGCACUUGUCCUCCGCUUAAAGGCAAAAUUCAGAAAAUACUCAUUUGGAAGUGGGGGCAGCCUCCUCCUACAAGCGUACUGAAACCCGCGGUUGCAAAUGCUGAUGCUCCUCCACCCAAACCAUUGGAGGGACGUGCGGAGCGAGAAUUUUUUGUGAAGUGGCAAGGAAUGUCUUAUCUACAUUGUUCGUGGGUGACAGAACUACAGCUCGAGUUACACUGCCAGGUUAUGUUUAGGAACUACCAGAGAAAGAAUGACAUGGACGACCCUCCUCCUGGAGACUAUGGAGUAGAUGAAGAAGAAAAAAGCCGCAAGAGGAAAAACAAAGAUCCAAAGUAUUUAGAAAUGGAGGAGAAGUUUUAUCGAUAUGGUAUCAAACCAGAAUGGAUGAUGAUUCACAGAAUCCUAAAUCACAGUGUUGACAAGAAGGGGAACACCCAUUACUUGAUCAAGUGGCGGGACCUUGCUUAUGACCAGGCAUCCUGGGAACUGGAAGAUGCAGAUGUUCAAGAUUAUGACAUAUACAAGCAAGCCUACUGGAACCACAGAGAACUUAUGUGUGGGGAUGAUGGCCGUCCUGGGAAGAAGGUGAAGAAACAUAAAGUAAAGAAACCUGAGAGGCCACCAGAAACUCCCACAGUUGAUCCCACAGUGAAGUAUGAUCGCCAGCCGGAGUACCUGGAUGCUACCGGAGGUAAUCUUCAUCCUUACCAGUUGGAGGGUUUGAACUGGUUGCGUUUCUCAUGGGCACAAGGCACUGACACCAUCUUGGCAGAUGAAAUGGGUCUGGGAAAGACUGUACAGACAGCAGUCUUCUUGUACUCUCUCUACAAGGAGGGACACUCCAAAGGUCCCUUCUUAGUCAGUGCUCCCCUCUCCACUAUCAUUAACUGGGAACGAGAGUUUGAAAUGUGGGCCCCUGAUAUGUACGUGGUCACCUAUGUUGGCGACAAGGACAGCCGUGCAGUUAUCCGAGAGAAUGAGUUCUCCUUUGAAGACAAUGCUAUACGGGGUGGCAAGAAAGCUUCACGUAUGAAGAAAGAGGCAUCUGUAAAGUUCCAUGUUUUGCUAACAUCAUAUGAACUGAUCACCAUUGAUAUGGCAGUCCUGGGCUCCAUAGAUUGGGCCUGCUUGGUGGUAGAUGAAGCUCAUCGUCUAAAAAAUAACCAGUCUAAGUUUUUCAGGGUCCUUAAUGGAUACAGUCUUCAGCACAAGUUGCUCUUAACAGGAACUCCAUUGCAGAACAACCUUGAGGAAUUGUUCCAUUUACUGAACUUCUUAACACCAGAGCGGUUCAAUAACCUGGAAGGUUUUCUUGAAGAAUUUGCUGAUAUUGCAAAGGAAGAUCAAAUUAAGAAGCUUCAUGACAUGUUGGGUCCCCACAUGUUGAGAAGAUUAAAGGCUGAUGUUUUCAAGAACAUGCCUUCAAAGACUGAGCUCAUUGUCCGUGUUGAACUCAGCCCCAUGCAGAAAAAAUAUUAUAAGUUCAUUCUCACUAGAAAUUUUGAAGCUCUUAAUACUCGAGGAGGUGGUAACCAAGUAUCUCUACUGAACGUGGUGAUGGACCUCAAAAAAUGCUGCAACCAUCCGUACCUCUUCCCAGUGGCUGCUAUGGAGGCACCCAAGAUGCCCAAUGGAAUGUAUGACGGCAGUGCCCUCAUCAAGGGGUCUGGAAAGUGCCUACUUCUGCAGAAGAUGUUGAGAAAGUUGAAAGAUGAUGGCCACAGAGUACUCAUCUUCUCCCAGAUGACCAAGAUGUUGGACUUGCUGGAAGACUUCCUUGAACACGAGGGUUAUAAGUAUGAGAGAAUAGAUGGAGGAAUCACAGGAAACUUGCGUCAGGAAGCCAUAGAUCGCUUUAACGCACCGGGUGCUCAGCAGUUCUGUUUCCUCCUGUCCACCCGAGCUGGAGGCUUGGGAAUUAAUCUUGCUACAGCAGAUACUGUGAUCAUCUAUGACUCUGACUGGAACCCUCACAAUGAUAUUCAGGCUUUUAGUAGAGCCCAUCGUAUUGGACAGAACAAGAAGGUCAUGAUUUACCGGUUUGUAACUAGAGCGUCUGUGGAAGAAAGGAUUACUCAGGUAGCAAAGAAGAAGAUGAUGCUCACUCACUUGGUCGUAAGACCGGGUCUAGGCUCCAAGACAGGUUCAAUGUCCAAGCAGGAACUGGAUGAUAUCCUGAAGUUUGGUACUGAAGAGCUUUUUAAAGAUGAAGCCACAGAAGGAGGUGAUAGCAAGGAAGGUGAGGACGUCAGCGUCAUUCACUACGAUGAUAAAGCCAUAGCCCGAUUGCUGGACAGGAACCAAGAUGAGAUUGAAGACACUGAGAUACAGGGAAUGAACGAGUAUCUGAGCUCCUUCAAGGUGGCACAAUAUGUGGUCCGCGAGGAAGAGAUGGAAGAUGAAGAGGAAGUUGUCCGUGAAAUUAUCAAACAGGAAGAGAGUGUGGAUCCGGAUUAUUGGGAGAAACUUCUCAGACACCAUUAUGAGCAACAGCAGGAAGACUUGGCUCGAAAUCUGGGUAAAGGAAAGAGAAUCCGUAAGCAGGUUAACUACAAUGACGGCAGCCAAGAGGACCGAGAUUGGCAGGAUGAUCAGUCCGAUAACCAGUCUGACUAUUCUGUGGCUUCUGAAGAAGGAGAUGAAGACUUUGAUGAACGAUCAGAAGCAGCCCGUCGACCUAACAGGAAAGGUUUGAGGAAUGAUAAAGAUAAACCAUUACCACCUCUGCUGGCUCGUGUUGGAGGCAACAUUGAGGUUUUGGGUUUCAAUGCCCGUCAACGAAAGGCUUUCCUGAAUGCCAUUAUGCGUUACGGCAUGCCACCACAGGAUGCAUUCACCACCCAAUGGCUUGUCAGAGAUUUGCGUGGAAAAUCUGAAAAGGAAUUCAAAGCGUACGUGUCAUUGUUUAUGCGUCAUCUCUGUGAACCCGGCGCAGAUGGAGCAGAGACAUUUGCAGAUGGAGUUCCACGGGAAGGUCUCUCUCGCCAACAUGUGUUAACAAGAAUCGGAGUUAUGUCACUUAUUCGCAAGAAGGUUCAAGAGUUUGAGCAUGUGAAUGGACGCUGGAGUAUGCCAGAGCUUGCCGAACAAGAGGAGAACAAGAAGACCUCUCCAGUCGACUCUCCAUCUCCUAAAACCCCCACCCCAUCAACACCAGGGGAUACACAACCUAAUACUCCAGCUCCCUCUGUAGUUAAUGAAGAGGGUGUGAAAACUGAGGAACCAGCUGUGAAAGAGGAAAGCGCACAACCGGAAACAAAACCACCUGAGGAGAAUAUUGAGAGUGCACCACCACCACCAGCAGCAGCAACAGAGCCCCGCGCCCCGACAGAAACUGCCCCAACAGAGGUGAAGCCAGAAGAGGCGGAAAAACAAGAGAAGUCUCCUCCACCUGAGCCAAUGGAGACCGAGCAGAAACCGGAACCGGAGAAAGCCAAUGAUGAUGUUAUUACUGUGGAAGACAAGAAAGAUGAUGAGAAGCCGGUCACGUUACAGAAUGGAGAGACUCCCAAAGACACCACGGAGGAGAUCAAGAAAAAGGCUGCGGCCACCAAGCAGAGGUUUAUGUUUAACAUUGCAGAUGGAGGCUUCACAGAACUACAUUCAUUAUGGCAGAAUGAGGAGCGAGCAGCCACCGUUACAAAGAAGACUUACGAGAUCUGGCACCGAAGACACGACUAUUGGCUGCUGUCUGGCAUUAUAAACCACGGCUAUGCACGCUGGCAGGACAUCCAGAACGAUGUGCGGUAUGCCAUCCUAAACGAACCUUUCAAAGGAGAAGUGAACAGAGGCAACUUCCUGGAGAUCAAAAACAAGUUUCUGGCACGACGGUUCAAGCUUCUAGAACAGGCACUUGUCAUAGAAGAGCAGUUGAGGCGAGCUGCUUAUCUGAACAUGUCUGAAGAUCCAUCGCACCCGUCCAUGGCUCUGAAUACUCGAUUUGCAGAGGUGGAGUGUUUGGCCGAAAGUCACCAGCACUUGUCUAAAGAGUCUAUGGCAGGGAACAAGCCAGCCAAUGCUGUUUUACACAAAGUACUUAAACAGUUGGAGGAAUUAUUGAGUGAUAUGAAAGCAGACGUUACCCGACUUCCAGCCACCAUUGCCCGAAUUCCUCCUGUGGCAGUCAGAUUACAGAUGUCAGAACGCAACAUUUUAAGCAGACUGGCAAGCAGGAGUGGUGAACCUCAACCCCAGCAGCAGAUUGCUCAGCAAUAACAAUCCCCCUCCUCUGGUCAGGAGGACAAAGCAUCCACCCACCCCAUACAUUCCCAACCUAAGAGCAGACGACCCGGGGAAGCGCACCGGACCUGUUCACCAAAAUCGGCAUCCAGGGACAAGACUCAGCAGAGCUGAACCCCACCCCAGGAACAAUGAUGUAGGGGGGGGUCACAGGAAUCCUGAUCCUACAAGGUGUCACUGUGACCGCACUAGCCUGAUGGCAGAUCGUAUGGUGCUGCUGCUUCAUAAAAUGGGGUCCACCCCUUCAUCCAUGGGGUGCAGGGUUGCACCAAAUACCCCAAAGGCCAGAAACUCUCCCUGCGCGCAGGAGCAAAUCGCAUCCUGGUUUCAGAAGGAAAUACUUUCGUUUUUGUUUGUCUUUAAUUUUAUUUGCUCUGAUCCCCUCACGCUGCCCGAGGGGGGGCAGGAGGGGUGUCACCCAGGACAGACACCCUACCUCCAUCCUUUUUAAUACAGAACGCGUUGUCGUAUAAUAAAACACAAAACACUA